UAUGUCGUUGACAGAUGACAUUUAUGUUUGUAUUUUUAGAGAAAUAUUUCUAAAACUUAGUAUUGCUUUGCUUUUAUUAAUGGAUUUAUUAUAAUGGGUUUGUGCUCGUCGUGUUUCAAUCCUACUUCAGAUGAAAUACCUCAGCCAGAUAUGGCUAUCCGAAGGGCCCAAAUGGCAGAAGCUGCAGAGAAAAGGCGAAUAGAAAAUGAAUCUCGUGGAAUUAAAGAUAUUGAUAAAGUUCGGAGGCAACAGCAGAAAGCAGCCGAGUUAGAAAAACGUCAGAAUGAAAUAGAUAGACAAGGAGGCGGUGGAGAUCUUUUACGAUGGCAACAAGAUUGAACUGCAGUAACAAGCAUUUGAUGUGUUCAUUAUAAUAAUAUAUUACAUGAUUUUUGAAAUUAUUUAUAUGUUGUUUUCAAUUAUUUAUUUUAUUGAUGUUGUUAAAUUGUUAUAGAAACUUU